AUGAGGCGACAGGCUGCCGCGCGCGAGCCGCAGCGGGCAGAGGCCAACGAGUCAGCGGAUCCGCCUGGGGAUGACGGGUCGCAGGUUCGAGACCCGAGGCAAAGCCAGGCAGCACAAACACGUCGCGCUUGGCCUCACAACGAGGCUGAGACGGCCUGCAAACCUCGAGUCGCCGGACAACCGACGAACGGAGGGGCUGCCGCGGAUUGCGAGAGGGCGUGGGCUGCGGAAAGCGAGAAGCCGACGCUCUCGGCGCACCCCCUCCCCUCCACAGAGGCCCCACACAGACAAGACGAGCGACCUCUGGGGAACGCUUGCGCGCAAGAAGGGAGAGGGCGGGCAAGAAAGCCAGCGAAACACAAAAGAGGCAUGCGGCGAAAGCGUCGCACGGUCGGAGGCGAGACGGAGAAGCUCUGCCAGCUCGGAAGUCGCGCGAGAAAGCCACGAAAGUGCCGAGCCGCCCCGCCGCCGCCCGCUGCCACGGGGUCUUCGCGGCCACGCUCACGAGGCUGCUCAGCUGCAAAGCGGCGCGCGACCUCCCCAGGAGCUUUGGAUGAUGAAGCCCUGGCGACUGUCAUCGUCUCCGCGGCAGCUCGAGACAGGCUUCGCGGCGAUGAGAGGCCGCGCGCGGAAGGCGAUGAGGCGCGGAGGGCCUCUGCACGGGGCACCUUCGAUCGAGUAGAUGGCGGAGAAGCGGCAGCCAUCCCCCUAUCCGAGCAGGCACGCGACGCUGAAGCAGCACACCGCCCAGUAUCUCAUGAAGCCUCCCGCCCAUCCACCGAGUUCCCCGGAGAUACCCGGCGCCUACCCGGGUGUCUAGGCACUCCUCCUUGUGAGGGCAGCGAGCUGAACCCACAAAGGGCGAACGAGGACUUCCCGCCGCCCGAUACCCCAGAAAGGAUAGAACGCUGCUCGCCCCCCGUGACAAGCUCUCUCUCCCCCAACCGGCCGCUGGCUGCACCUGCGCUCCUGAGUCCGGCGGUGAGUGCGCCACCUGCAUUGCCCGCAUGUGAACCCCUCCUGGCGCAUGCGUCCGCGCCGCGUCAGCCACCACCGGGUCCCGCCCCUGUCGAGAGCCUCGUCUCGUCGUCCUCCGCUUGGUCGCCGGAACAGUGCAGUGCGACGACCGGCGCGGCGGAGGCGGUCGCGGCCGCGGCUCGCGAAGGGCCGCAUCUGAUCCCUCUGCGUCUUCUGCGGCUGCUGCUGGACAAAGGCACUCAGGCCCCGCCCAAGGCCGCGGUCUCCUCCGCUUCGCCGCGCCUUCGCUCCCGCCCUUCAGUGCCUGCAACAGUUGCCGCCUGCGCCUGGGCUGCAGGCGCUGCAGGCCCCCCGGGCCGUGCGGCAGGCAAAGUGGCAGUCGGCACCGAGAUGCAGCUCGGAGACGACGCCAGCACCUCCCGGCUUUCAGGAAACGAGGACGCGCUCGAAGGCCUCAGAGGCUCUGCGGAGCCGCCUGAGGAGGCACACUGCCGUACAGGCUGGCCGUCUUCCGUGCCGCUCUCGCUGAAGCCCUCCCAGGGAUUGUCGGCGCUCUUUCCUGCGGCAUCUGGAGCCCACGCCCCGUCGGCGCGCAGCUCCGCAGUGUCGCCCUCGCAAGCGGCGGGACCGAGCGCCGCCCCUUCAUGCCUCUCGGGGCCGCUUGGAGGCGCAGCUGCCGUCGACACGAACCCAGCGCCUCCCGGCAGAGACUGGCAGAGGCGUGCGGCUCCACCGGCCGCGCCGGGCGGCAGCGGCGCCGAGCCAGCCGACGCUGACAUCCGAGAAGACGAAAGGAGCAACUCUAGAAGAGGUUCUGGAGUCCGAGCGCCGACGCCUGGGACGGAUGCUGAAAAGCAUGCGCCAGCAACUCGAAAGAGGAAGUCAACCGACAACUGCCCGGAGAGACCGCACGGCCGUCAAUCUCGUUUGAUUCUCGGCUCGCUGAGAACCUCGGAGGGCUGCAAACUACCAGCCGCCGACGUGCAGCGCGGCGCAGACACUCGUGCGGAGGCCUGGGUCGCCGGGUGCGCAGGAGGCGCUCCUGAGUCCGCGCGUUCAGUCGAGAACGCGCGGCUCGGAUCGGGCAUGUCUGCGGGUCUCGUGGGGGCGGGCGUGCGAACUCUGCCGCUGUCGCCGGCAAGCUCGCUUCCGCGCUCGCGGGCACAGGCGCACGCGACGGCCUUGCCGCAGGACUUGAAGGCUGGCGGGGGUCUGCUGGGGGAGGCCUCAUUGCAAGCGGACGCGCGCGAGCCAGAGUUCGAAAAGGCCGGCAGCGUGACGUCGUGGCACGUUCACACGAUGGCUGGCGAGAGAGUGGGAGAGAGAAGCGGAGACGGGGCGAGGGGCUGGAGCCCUACAUCUGGACCUCAGCACGUUCAGAGCGCUCGCCGGAGACGCCUGCGCCCUCCUUCGGGAGCGGCGGAGCCCGGGGGGGCGGGCGAAGGCGGCGACGGUCGAGAGCUGCGGGAGGACCUGACGGGAGGCGCGGAGACCCCGUCUGACGGUCCGCUGGUCACGCGGCCGGAGGCGCCACAGUCGCGCCCUGAAUCCUCUGUUUUUGAGGCGGCUGCCAGCGGGCGGGGGCCGACAGACAGCGGGCUUCCUUGCGUUGAGGCCAUUAGGCCUCUGGCGGUUGUCGAGCGAGGCACCCUGCCGGCGGGGCCUUCUCGCCUUCCGCGACACGCGCAGGGGAGCGAGCAGCUGAAGCCUGAGGGCAAAGGCGCUGAGCAGAGCCCUUCGCUCUCCGCAAAUGGAGCAGGUGUAGCCGUGUCGUCGGCGUCACGCCCUUCUUCGCAUGCCGAGGGCAACGCCUGGGCCGCGAGCGAGGCGUACACCGCAGUCUCCAUUCGGGAGUUUUUCAAAAAGCACUACAAGGGCCCGAGUCUUCCUCCGCAUCCGUCCAGCGCGCUCGCUUUCGGCACCAGCAGCGAGAGCGAAGGCGAAGAAGGGCUCGCUGCGAGAAGAAAGAAGAAGGAGCGAAGAGUCAACGCGGGCGCCGCUGACGCGCUCUGGCAGCCCCAUUUCCACCCCCACAAUCAGGAGUUCCGCGUGCGUUACAGAUACAAGGGAAGCAUGCGCCUGAAGACCGUAUCCUGCGCGCGAUUCGGACGAGAAGGAGCCAAGCGGCUGACGGCGGCGUUCGUGGACAGGUGGCGGCUGACAGGGCGGUGCAUCGCGGCGAAGACGCAUCGUUCGCGCCUGGCGCUUGUCGACUUGCCGCAGGACACGCAUCUCCUUCCUGGCUACGACAAGAAACGCGGCGGCAGCCUCGCGGCCUCCGCCAUUUUCUCGAGUGCAUGUCCUUCUCUAUCGCCCUUCGCCAUCUCCGCGAUCGGACCCUUCACGCGCCCGCCUUCACUCUCGGCGCCCUCCUUUCCAUGCCUCGCGUCGCCUCCUGCAACCCCCGCCCUGGGCGUCGGUGCCGCGUCGCCUCUCUUUUUCGCCUCUCCGCCUGGUCUCGCGGCGUCGCUGCCACUCGCUGCGAGGCUCCCUGUCCCUCCCGCGGGUCCGGCGUCUGCUGCGCGCCUCCCUUUUUCCGAAGAGGCGAAGGCCAGCUCGCCGGCCUUUCCCGCAGGGGCGAAGCCGCGCCUCUGCCUCCACGGGCAAGGUGAGGCUGGCGCUGCGCACGCGGAGGGCGCGGACUCUGAAGAGCUGCUGCUGAACCCCACGAUAUCGGCGAACCUCGCUCACAAGCUCGAAGAGGCUCUCCUGGCCUCGAGAAGCUUCCCCGGGGACCCCGCCGCUUCGCCGCCCCUCGUCGGUGGGAUAGAGGCCCGUGGAGCCUCCGCGCCUGAUGGCCUCGCCGUGCGUGGACCAGCUGCGAGUCCGCUGGCGGCGGUGCUUGGCGCCGGCCGCUUGGAUCUCGCACUUCACCGCUGCUCUCCUCCCGUGGCUCCCUCUCCCGCCGCCGUCGAGUCCUCCGCGCAGGUGCUCAGCUCUCCCUCUGUUGCGCCCGCGUCGAGCUCCGCGCCGGUGCUGCCUGCGCCUGCUCGCACGAUCGACAAGGCUAUGGGCCGAACUCCUUCCACCUCACGGGUCGAGGGAUUCGUUUCUUUGGCUCCGCGUGCGUCGCCCUCCAGCCCGGCCUUCGCGUCUCCGUCGCCCUCUCCGGCUGCCUCUGUCUCGCCUCUCUGGGCCGCUGCCUCCGCGGCAUCCGCCGGGCCUCGACCCUCGAGUGGCGCCCACGGGGUGCCCUUCGCGCCGGCUUGGCAACUUCCUCAACAGGCGUGCGCGGAUCCCCGCUCCAGCCUGUUGCCGUUGUCCGCUGCGUGGUCUGCCGGCCUGUCUCUGUCUCCUCCCGCCGCCCCUGGCAACCGGGCCUUAGCGCCUUUCGCGACAUCGCUAGCGUCGCUGCUCACGCCCCUCCUCUCGGCGUCGGCGAGGCUCGCGGCGAUGCGUUCGCCGGCUCUCAGUGAGCGCACCGAACUCGCGCAGCACGUGCGAGGGCAACUCGGCUGCCAUUCAGAGUGGAGCGGCGGCUCCCACGGCAGCGAUAUCCGCCCGGCUCAGCCACGCGACGCCAGGGGCUUCGGAGAGCGCCUCUCCUUUGCGGAGGGAUUAGACUGGAUGGGCGCCUCAGUCCGCAGCGGGCGAACCGACGAGAGCCCCGGCCGGGGCAGGCAGGGGCCGACAGGAGCCGGAAGCGGCGAGAGAGAGGAAUUCGUUGUGUGCAAAACUGGAGAGCCUAAAUCACGGGAGGUGGUGUGUUCUUCUCCGGGAGACCCGUGGAGAGCACGAGAUAGGGAAACUGAAGAAGCAGAGAGGUCGCGUCUUCAGGGAAAGAUGAUACUUCCUCCGCAAAGAAGCGCUUCGGCUGACCGCAACCGAUUCAUGUGGCAUCAAACUCCCCCAGAGCGGCCAAGGGGCGGGGAACGGGGCAAACCUGACAACGUCCCUAGCGCUGCUUCGCCUGCUGGAGAGACGCAGUGGCUCGCCGACGAGGCAGCGACUUUAGCAAACGAAGCACUUCCGCGGCGCCUCCUCUCGCAGAACGUCUCAGCAGCAGAGGCCAGCAAUUUGACAGAAAACCUCGGUCGCGCCAAUCUCAGAGGCGAAAUGGCUGCGCCUCCUGUGUCCUCAGGAUCUCCUUUCGAGGCCUCGAGCGAGCGCCUAAAGCACGCCGAGCCGCCACGCGUACGUGCGGGCACGGGGGCGCCACAAACCGAUACUGUUCCUUGUCUUCUGUGCGGCAGUGAGAGUUAUGGAGUCGAGAGAGUGCGAUAUGAAAACAUCUCCGUGCCCGCGUUUCCUUCUCUCGCCGCCUCCCCAUCCCCGCUCCCCAAGCCCGACACGUCGCAGCCGCCCUCAACGCCCCUGCCUCUGCCUUCCGAUUGCGUCUGCGGCGGCGUGGGCGCCAGAGGCUUCGCCGUGGAGCCGCCCGCCGAGCGGGAGACGAAUCUGCCGUUGCGUGUGGCAGGGGAGUUCUCUUCGUGCCGCCGCUCGCAGGAGAGAGAGAGACAGGUGUCUCCUCAUCACGGGGUGAGGGUUGUGUGGCAGGGGGUGGCGCCCUGCAGCUCGAGCCCUGUCUGUCUGCCUGUUCUGCCUUCACGCGCCGGCCUUGGCCCUGCCUCUGGCUCCCCCGUCCCCGCCGCGGCCCACCGCCCAUUACCGGCUGCUUCUGACUCGCAGCUCGCUUUGUUUCCGCCGCUCGCGAUCCCGCAGGAGGGCAACCUUCGCGCUCCCGUCUUCGGGUCUGUGCCCUUUGCUUCGCGUUGUGAGGAGUCCGCCGGCCAGGGUAGCGCAUCGCUUAAGCCCUUCGCGCGGCCUCUCCACGAGGUUUACCCCAGCCACGCAGGUAGGAAUGCAGGAGUUCUCCUCGGGCUGAGGGGAGGCUCACUACGGGGAGGGGGGGGGCCGCUGGUCAGUCUGAGCCCGGGCGUCGGGACGCUGAGCCGCUUGGCUGCCGAGUGA